CUAGACUAAUUUUUCUCUCGUCCCCUCCACCAGUCGUCAAACAAAGAGACCCAUCCUUCUCACCUACAAUACCGUUUCCGUUUCUUUCCGUGGCUGCUGUAAUUUCAGCCCAACUCUUCUAACCUCGACGACGGUGCGAUUACUCUACUCCUGAUCUCCCUCUCUUCUUGUGUUCGUUGCAAUCAGCCGCAUAAGGAAGCUUGCUUGUGUCAAACAGUGAUUUCCUCUAAACAGCCUAAGCACACUUGACUCUUUGCCCAUGGACAAAGGAGUGCCACCUAGCCUCUUUGUUAAUGAUGGUUCGUUCAUGGAAAGGUUCAAACAACUACAACACGACAAGGACAAGAAAGCCCCUGCUUCAGGGGAUCCUAAACCAAUUAAAAUUGUAUCAGCAAGUUUGAUUCCUAAUGCUGCUAUUAGUAAAACCAGUGGUUCUGAUUCGCGCAAGAGCACACAAUCAGUUUCAAGUGGCAAACUUGCUUUCAGUUUGAAGCAGAAGUCAAAGCUUGUUUCUCCUCCAGUUAAGUUAGAUGAGGAUGAAGAUGAAGCAGGUGAUGAUUCAGCUGAUGCACCAACAAAAAAACAAAAAUUAGGCCAGCCAGAGGAGUAUGAGAAACCAUCAGGGCAAUUGGAUGUUGCACUACCAUUGCCAAGUGAUCCUACAGUGAAGAAAGUUGCUGACAAAUUAGCAAGUUUUGUGGCUAAAAAUGGAAGGCAAUUUGAGCAUAUUGCUCGUCAAAAGAAUCCCGGCGAUACCCCUUUUAAGUUUCUAUUCGAUGUGAACUGUGCAGAUUACAAAUACUAUGAAUGUCAGCUUGCUGAAGAAGAAAUGGCUCUUGCACAGACUAAGGAAUUACAAACAUCUCAAAGUGGUGGUACAAGCACUUCAUCAUCUAAAUCCUCAAAUAGUAGUCAAAGAUCUUUUCAGCACCAUUCAAAUUAUCAAACCCCUGCCUCUGCUUUAUAUGAUGCUUCUGAGAGUUCAAGUGCUUUCUCAACAUCAUCUGCAGGGAAAGCAGGUGAUUAUGGCGCACCAACAGGUUCAGAUCCUAUUGCAAUGAUGGAAUACUACAUGAAGAAGGCUGCACAGGAGGAAAGGAAGAGACAACCUAAACAGUCAAAAGAUGAGAUGCCCCCACCUCCCUCCCUUCAAGCUGGGUCUGUUAAGAAAGGUCAUCACAUGGGUGAUUACAUUCCACUAGAAGAGCUUGAGAAGUUUAUGGCUUCCUGCAAUGAUGUAGCUGCCCAGAAAGCUGCCAAAGAGAAUGCAGAAAAGGCAAGAAUACAGGCUGAUAAUGUGGGUCACAAACUCUUGUCCAAAAUGGGGUGGAAAGAAGGUGAGGGUCUAGGCAGUUCAAGAAGUGGUAUUGCAACCCCGAUUAUGGCCGGCGAUGUGAAGACAAACAAUUUGGGGGUUGGUGCUCAAAAUCCUGGGGAGGUAACUCCUGAGGAUGACAUAUAUGAGCAAUACAAGAAGCGGAUGAUGCUUGGUUAUCGUUACCGACCAAAUCCUCUGGGCAAUCCAAGAAAAGCAUAUUACUGACUCAUCUGCAAGCCAUUUAUUUGUUUGGUCUGUUUCAUAAAGUUGCUUUGAGGGGGGAAAAUAGAGUUGUUGCUGGGAAAAUUCUUGUUGGAUUUAUGGAGUUCAUUGUUUGUGAGUUUAUGCCCAUCUUCUUUUGGUUUGAAUUUGCACUAUUGUUGUAUAUUUACGGAUAUUUCCCGUCUCAAGUUGUUUUUUUGCUCUGUCCCGAUUGUACUUUAACCACACAUUUCUCUCAAAUAAUAUGCUGCACUUAGAGCACA